AUGGAUGCUCUUCGUGGGACACGAGAAUGGCCUCUUCCAACAAGUGCGUCUUUGUUGGCUCCAUUAAUAUCUUUAUUUGGCAGAGACAGAGUGGAUAUUAGCAUGUAUCAUACGCCUAAUCUCUCAGGACUGAAAAAAAAAAUUCUUCCAUCAAGGAUUAAUGAAUGUUGGGGGACUCAGCAUAUGAAGAUCUAUGGGUUUGAUGAUGAGGUUAUGUUAUCCGGGGCAAAUUUAUCAUAUGAGUAUUUCGUAAAUCGCCAAGAUCGAUAUCAUUUCUUUUCAUCGCCUCAAUUAACAGAUUUUUAUGCAAAGAUAUGUCAAUUUAUAUCAUCAAUAUCAUAUAAACUUGUUCCUAGUAAUUCUUCAGAAAAAGUUGCUUUAAUAUGGCCGAAAGAAAUAAAGUGUCCAGAACCAUGUAAGGAUCCUAAGAAGUUUAGAAAAUAUGCUAGAUCAGUUUUAUCAAAUCUUUUGAAACCUGUCUCUACGAACACAGAUAAAGCAUUUUCUACCGUAGUUUAUCCAUUAUUCCAAUUUUCAUCUAUUUUUAAGCUAUACGAUGUAUCAACUGAAAAAAAAUGUCUUUGUUUGGUUUUAGAUAUUCUUUCUUUUAAUCAAUCUCUUGAUUAUAACUGGGUGUUUACUUCUGGUUAUUUUAAUACUCACGAAGAUUAUUCAAAACGAUUGUUAGUAUCUAAUUCUAAGGGAUGUGUAAUUGUUCCAUCACAGCAAGCAAAUGGGUUUUAUAAUUCUUCAUGGCCUUCAAAAAUGAUUCCUUCUGCGUAUUCAUUUUUAGCUCAACGUUUUCUUUCAAAUAUUUAUAAAGCUAAUAAACAGAAUAAAAUUCAUCUAGAGGAGUGGAAAAAUGGUUGUGUUGGACAAGGGGGUUGGAGUUAUCACGCUAAAGGAUUAUGGAUUAUGCCUUCAGAGGAAAAAGAAACAGAAAAACAUAAACCAUGUAUUACUAUUGUUGGAUCUUCAAAUUUUAGUUAUCGAUCACAAGCUUUAGAUCUUGAAAAUACGGCUGUUGUCAUUACGUUUGAUAAUAAUUUACAAAAAAGUUUAAGAGAUGAGGUUAAGCAUCUUCGUAAAUAUUCUAGAAAAAUUGAUAUUGAUGCAUUUUUAUCUUCAAAUAGAAGAAUUGGAUGGUUUGUUAAAUUGUGUGUUUGGAUACUAGAAAAAAUGUUAUAA